AGCCCCUUCGGGGGGGGGGGGGGGGUGGACAAGGGCAAUGAGGACACAAACGUGUCGGGUAGGACGAUCCACGAUCUGUCAUACCCCGAAGGCACUUCCAUCAACGACUACACGGAUCAGGACAGCAUCACCAAGCCGGAGUACACUCACUGCGACGCGGUGGCGGCCGAAAUCCUGAGGCCCAAGCGCGCUCACCCAAGGACCCGGGUGUGUGUGAUGGCUGGUGAUGUGGCGUCUGCUUUCCGCAACAUCAGCAUUCACAGCAACAGCGUGUAUCUUUUCGGCGGCCACAUCGAGGAGGACGAUGUCAUCGUGAUCGAGCUCGCUGCGCCAUUCGGUUGGACUGGAUCACCGGGUUUCUACGAGAUUGCUGGUGGU